CCAAUAUCUCUUCCCUCCUACCUUGCCACUGUCAAUUUCUUCAAAAGACUUUAGACACCAAGUUUUUGUUAAGUGAAUAUAACAAUUUUCAUAAUAAGAUUAUUAGUAUUAAUUACCUAUUAAUAAUAUUAUUGGUGUGAGUUGUGUAGUGAUUAGGAGAGAUUAGGUAAUAUAAGUAAUGAUAUUAAAGGUUAAUGCUCUUCUUUAUGCAGCAGUUAGCUAGAGGUUAAAAAUUAAGGUGUUGGGUUUUUAACUAAAAGGAAGUACAACAAAUCACAACACAAUCUAAUUAGCACUAACCACAAUCUUUAACUAUUUGUCUUUCUAUCAGAUUGUUUGAGCAUAUAUCUCAACUUUUGUGUGUUCUGUAAUAUAAAAUGAUUACCGUUCGUAAUCAAUUCGGAUUUGAAAACCCCAUAUUCAUGAUAUUAUACCAUAUCAAUAAGUUGCACGGCACCGUAUAGCUGUAACCAAGCUAAUAUGGUUAUUUGUAAAAAAAAAAUCUAUUAGGUUCGACUCUGUUAUUAACAAAUCAACUUGCGCAUCAUAUUAUUUGCCUAAGAUUUGACCUCAUUAAUUAAGCUCUACACAAAGGAGGCGUGAGGGAAGCGAAAAUGAUUCUGCAGUACAGUAGAAGAGCUUGUAUUAACCAUGAACCGACUACGCCAGUAAAUAGUAAUAAAUUUAAAUAAAUCUUUUUAGUAGAACGAUAAUGAAUAAACUAACAUAUAUACUCGUGGAAACCAUUAAUAUCGACUAAUUAAAUAGAUUCCUCCUCCACUUGCAAUCAACAACAAAAAAUAUGGUCCUUUUGUGACAAUUUUUCAUCAUGCAACCAUGAAACUUUCGGUUGCCAAAGGACAGGAUAUUGUGCCCAAAGUUGGACAUUUAGCAACCACUUGACACCGUGACAAAACCCAUGUCUAAGUGAUCCCCCAAUAGAUACAGUAAAAGUUUCAACAACCAAUAGUUUUGAUCAAGCAGUAAAAGUAACAACUAAUUACCAUAGCAACAAGAGUAAAGUAAUGAAUUAAUUACCAGGAAGAUCCCAAGGCUCGCAUUUGUUGAGAUCGACCUCGAUGAAGAAGAAGGAGUUGGAGCUGGAUAUCUUCUUCAUCAGGUAAUCACAAACCAGCUCCUCGUCUCGCGGAUGAAACCGAAACCCAGGAGGCAGCUUGGCCUCCACCAUGCUUAUGUUGCUCAUGAUCCUGUCCAGCUACCUCUGUUUCUUCUGGGUUUGAACUUUGAACUUUUCUCAAGUUCUAGAGAGACAGAGAAGAGAGAGACGAAGCAAAACAGAGCGAGCAAGCUGGAGAAGAGGGGAAUUGGGAGCUUUAUAUGCUUAGUCUAUUUGCUUUGGGCGAGAGAACCCGAAACAAAGACAGGCUACAUGAGUUUUGGGGAUUCUAUCUAUUCAUAUAAGAAGCAGGGUUUCCUUCCCAACUAUAUAAAGAGGGAAGAAGAAGAAGAAGAAAGAUGGUGCUUAUAAGUAAAAUAGGAAAGUCAACUAGUCAUACUCUCCAUAUGAGAGAAAAGAAAUGGAGGGAGCUAGAUAGCUAGGGAGGGUGAGAUAGAGGAGCAUUUUCUUCUUCUUGGUUCUAUUCCUUUAUUAUAAUUGUUAUUAUUAUGAGUGGAUUUGAUUUUAUUAAUUCUUAGAAGCAAAAAAAGAUAGCCUAUAUAUUUUGAUUUUCUUUUCUUUAUAUGACUAAUUGAAGGAGAGGAUAUCAAUAUCAAAGUAAGAAGAGUACUAUGCUCUUCCUCGACUCGCAAUACUUUUAGAGUGAAUUUAUUUGCUUAAUCAAAUUAUGGUGUUUGCAGUUAAGUUAUGGUACUCAUUUGAAAGUUCAAAAGCUUAUUGAGUUCGCGAGGACAUACUGAAGUUUGUUUGUGUAACUUCCAGGAAAUUGAGUUUGAUAGAGAUGAUUUAACAUAUUAUGAUACUAUUUUGCACUAUUGUUCUAGAUAAAGAUAGCAAGACUGACUAGACCCAUACAAAAAGCUCCUUCACGAGUCACGACCAAAUGAAAUUUACAAAUUCUUCUCAAGGAUCAUUUAAUUUAAAAAAAAUAAGAUACUAAUAAUUUACAAUAUCAAUAUGUACUAAGUUUGAUAUGUCGAUUGAACAUAACGGUACUUUUAAAAGUUUGGAAAUAAAACACUUAAAAUGAAUUAUUUAAAAUUUAAUGCAAAUGUUAAAAAUUAUUAGAUUAUUAAUUGGUUUUUUUAAAAGCACUUGUACUAAAUGUGCUAUACAUAUAUAGCACGUUAAGCAUCGAAUAAACUCAGAAAUAAAAUGAUUCUACAAUAGUACAUCAUAGAGCUUUUUAAACACAUGUAAUACUAGUUCGGGUAUUAUACGAGUAUUAACGAAUUUUUACAAAGAGCACUAAUUUAUAUGGCUCAGCUCCUUGUGGGGAAAUGAUGAUGUGGCCAAACCAAUCACUGCCAAAUUGCUGGUGGGUUGUAGAGAGAGAAGUUUCAUUCUCGUCACCAUUUUUGUACUCAUUUCUAAUAGUUUGUUGGGCAGGAGGGUGGGUUCUUGUAAAAUUUCCAACCACUAUGGAAUUUUGUGGUGUUUGAUGAGAGACGCACCUUAUUUGCAUUAUUAAUUUAGCCUCUACCUGCCAAAAACCCCCCAUGACGACUGCGUUUGGCACAUUGAUAACUAAUUGACAUAGUGCCUUCAUCAUCAUUAGAGUAAGAUGUUUGGCCAAAUCUCAUCCUUAAAAUUUUGUCAUCUAAACAAUUCUCACCUCGAAUUAUUAUGUUUUUAUUGUUUUUUUAGACUACUAUCAUCGGUAAAAACAAAGAGAUGGACAACAACAUCAUCCACGAGAGAGACAUCCCUUUUACCAAGUGAAUGCCAAAAUCUAUCUCUUAUUAUGAUGCAGAUAAUGAAAGAUGUGCACGAUAACGUGUUGAUAUUGGACAUUCCACACAUGUGUGGAAGUUUUGUAAGUGUACGUAAGGGUUCACCAAACCAGGCUCCUCGCACAAGAUCUCGAGCUCUGCUUGAUAUCUUGCUUUAGUUCGAUUUACAAAAACCUUUUUUUAUCCUUCAUUCAUAUGAUGUUGCCAAUUUUGCUUUUAUUUACACUUGCGGUAUUCUCACCAUAGUCGGUUCCCAAUUCACUUCUCUCUGGUUGGUUGUAUUGGUGCUCUUACUCAACGAUUCUCGAACAAGGAUCUUUGUAGCCUCCUCGUUGACACUGGAUCUCUCAGUUCUACAACUAUUGCCUCUCUUUUCUCAAGGCAAGGAGGCCACUAAUUCGCCCAAUCUUAAUCUCAUGUUGGAUGCCAAGCUCAACUCCUCACAGUUGUCCUCUCUAUUCAUGAUGAUGAGGUCGGUGACCAAUAACAUUACUCGUUACUC